AUGACAUUCUCCCCUGGUGAUCUCGUGCUUGUACGGAACACACAGAACGAACGGGACCUUGGCGGCAAGCACAAGCCUCGAUACUUUGGACCCAUGGUGGUCGUGCGACGAAACUCCGGCGGCGCCUAUGCUCUCGCUGAACUUGACGGCUCGCUAUCUAAGCUUCGCUUCGCCGCCUUCCGCCUUAUUCCCUAUCGCGCACGGUCUCGCAUCUCUGUCGACAUCACCCACCUUCUCGAGCUCUCACCUGACGAAAUCGAC